UGGCGGCAGGGGCCACAAGGCGUCGCUCCCUUCCCUUCCCUCAGUGAAGGGCAGCCAAGAUGGCGGGGAGCGGUUUGGCGGCCGCAGCAACGUCGGGCUCCCUACUCAGCCGGAGCCGGUUCCGGGGCUGCCUUCUCGGGGCCCUGAUGGGCGAUUGCCUGGGCGGAGGCUUUGAGGGCUCGGAGUCCGUGGAAUGGGCAAUGUUGCUGCGUUUCGUGCGCUCCUUGCAGGAUAAAGACGAGGAGGGCGACAGGAAAACCCUCUACUACAGUGAUGACACAGCCAUGACACACUCCAUGGUGAGGUCUCUGUUGGCCAAGCAAGACUUUGAUGAAGUGGAUAUGGCAAAGAGGUUUGCUGAAGAAUACAAGAAAGACCCAGACCGGAGCUAUGGAGGGGGUGUUAUUACUGUGUUCAAGAAACUCCUCAGCCCCAAAUGCAGAGAUGUUUUUGAACCAGCAAGACAACAAUUUAAUGGGAAAGGCUCCUACGGUAAUGGUGGUGCUAUGAGAGUAGCAGGCAUCCCACUGGCAUACUCUAAUGUUCAAGAAGUGAAGAAGUUUGCUAAACUGAGUGCUGAGCUGACCCACGCCAACUCCUUGGGCUAUAACGGAGCCAUACUGCAGGCCUUGGCAAUUCACUACGCCCUCCAGGGGGAGCUGAAUCGAGACCGAUUCCUGGAGCACCUGAUAGGCCACAUGGAAGACGUCGAAAUGGAUGACAAGUCUGUAGCUGAUGCACGAAUGCUUGGUUACGAAGAAUUACCCUUUUCAAAACGGCUAAAGAAGAUCAAAGAACUUCUGGAGCAGAGCACUGUGCCAAAUUCAGAUGUGCUGGCUGAAUUAGGCAACGGUAUUGCAGCGCUGCAUUCAGUCCCUACUGCCAUAUAUUCUUUCCUGCGCUGCAUGAAAUCUCAUCCAGAUAUUCCUGAGGAUUACAACUGCCUUCAGCGGACCAUCAUCUAUUGCAUAUCCCUGGGUGGGGACACAGAUACCAUUGCAACCAUGGCUGGAGCCAUUGCAGGGGCUUAUUAUGGGGAAGAGCAAGUGCCCCAAAGCUGGACGCGUAGCUGUGAGUCUUCUGAGGAGACCAAGGAAAUGGCUGACAGUUUGUAUGAACUCUACUGUCAGCGGCAGAGGGACUCUGGUACGAAAUAAUGCGCUGUUGUGCCCUUUGAUCUCUGUUCUCUUUUAUUCCUUCAGAGGAUGUGGCCAUCAUCUGAAAUAAAGGAGAUCCUUCCAUUAA